AUGGUGGGGGUCCUGGCCAUGGCGGCGGCCGCUGCACCCCCUCCCGUGGGCGACUACGACGAGGUCGAGGCAUGCAAAAAGCGAAGGGAAGAUGACGACACACCUUCUUGCAGAACAAUUAGGAAAUAUUUAUCACCAAUAGGAAAGACUGGAGACAGAGUUUUCUCUUCAUCCAAACCCAGUAAUAUUCUGGAUUAUUUUAGAAAGACUUCCCCAACGAGUGAGCAGACUCACCCAGCAAAGGAGUGCAAGAUAAAGUCUCACAUACCAUUGCCAGCUGACAAUGGCAAAAAUUCUGAAACACCUGUGGAAAUGUUAUCAGAUAGAGAGUUUAAGAAGAGAAGAAAAAGAGUUCAAGUUGCUAAUCAGCUAAAUCAUAUUAAACCUGAAAAUGAAUCACCCAUUGAAAUUAGCAGUGAUGAUAGCAGGGAUGUUAGUUUAAAUCAUGAUUUUGAGAAAAGUAGUACUUCAGUGUUACUGUACCACAAGCACGUAGGAGAGCAUGCAGAAAGUGUUAGGGAGAUCCCAGACCAGUCGAGCAUGAUCACAUCCAGAGUCCCUAAGAAAGACAAUUUUAAAGAAGGGGUCACAAAACGUGCUCACAAAAAAUUGAGAAAAAGAAAGUGCAAGGAUGUAAUGGAUCUAUCUGAAAGUUUCCCUGGGGUAGAAGAACUCAGUCUUCAAAAAGAUGGUAAGGACAGUAAACAGAUACUACUUUCCACAACUAACGAAAUUGACAGCACUGCAAAUUAUGUUAACUCUGGAGAUAACAUCACCGAAAAGGCCCAGUGCAAUGAGAGGACGAUAACUGUUUCAUAUGAAGAAUUUUUAAGAACUCACACCGAAAAGCAAGCAGAACAUGUACCCAAUUCAGCAAUGUCAACUUGUGUACCUUCAGAUGCCAUGGAAGAUACAGUCAUAAGUAGCUGUACAAGUGAUGUUGAAGCGUGUGAAAUUUCCCAAGUAUGUUCUAAGACAGUAACUGUUCUUGCACAAGUUCACUCUUUUCCUCCCCAAAAGAAAAAAAAAAUACCCUCAAUUUUCUUGAAACAAAAGCAGUUGGAAAUGGAAACCAGUCUAUCUGAUCCUGAGAAUGAACAGACAGUUCAGAAAAGAAAAUCUAAUGUGGUUAUCCGCGAGGAAGAAUUAGAAUUGGCAGUAUUGGAAGCUGGGAAUGCUGAAGCUGUGAAGUCGAAAUGUACAUUAGAAGAAAGACAACAAUUUAUGAAAGCAUUCAGACAGCCAGGUUCAGAUACCCUUAAAAAUGGAGGUAAGAAGACUGAUAAACAGAGAGAGCUCCAUGAAAAAUCUUCAAGUGAGGAUGGAAGGGACCAUAAUUCUAAAAAAUUUAUGGAAAAUUCCAACGUACAACAAGUACUUUCGAAUAAUGACAAUUCACAUUCUGAUAAAGGAAUUUUUACUAAAGAGAAGAGUAAAAAACUAAAGAAAAAGCACAAGAAAAUAUUUGAUAUUGCUCCUAUUCCAGGUGAAAACAGAGAGGAGAAACCUCAAAAGGAAGAAACAACUUUUUCCUUUAAAGAUGAAAACAAUCAAAAUAGGCUUAGAAUGAGUUUAAGAAAAAAGAAAAGAGAAGUUUCCCCAAACAGUUUAAGUUCUGUUGGUGAAGAUAAAGCAAAUUAUAAAUCCCUGAAGAUGACCACUUUAUGUAGCAAUAAAUCUUUAAGAAGAACCAGCACACCAGUGAAGGAUAGAACUAUAUAUUCUAAAUUUCAACCUGAAGACAGUUUGGUAAAUGAUUUCACACCCAAAUCAACCAGAAGAUCUUUGAGAAGUAGCAACACAUCUGCCAUCACUGGAGAUAUUAAUUCUCGAAAUGAGCAAGAUGAUAGUCCUGUAAAGGUUUCUACUUUCAAAGCAGCCAGCUUAUCAGAAAAGCAUAGCCUAUAUACAGCAGAACUAAUAACAGUGUCCUCUGAUUCAGAGAGCCCUAUCAGAAUGAAAUUUACCAGAAUUAAUACUCAAAGAAAAUCUAAGAAAAAAUCUAAGAAAUGUGAAGCAACAGAUGAAGAUUUUUCUCCUCAGACUAGAAAGGUAAACGUGACAUCAAAAAAUGUAUCAAAAGCAAAACAACUGAUUGAAAAAGCAAAAGCUUUACACAUUAGUAGAUCAAAAGCUACUGAAGAAAUAGUGACACCCUUAAGGCGUUCAUCUAGACAUCUUCCUGAAAGGAAGAAAUCAUCAGAAUCAGACAAUUCUGUAAUAAUAAUUGAUUCAAGUCCUACAUCUUUAAAGCGUCCUGAAGGAAAUCAGAAGAAACUUCAGUGUCUGAAUGAUGUGUUAGGAAAAAAACGUAAGAAUAGCCCCUGAGCACUGCCGGGAAAAAUGAAAGUUGCUCCUUUAUUUGUAACCAAGAAGUCUCAAAAAACAGCUGAUCCUGUUUUUGGAUUUGAUGAACACAGCCAAGAUAAAUCUGAAAAAUCUCAGGAUUGCAAUUUGCAGUUCAAAGCAAAGCGUGACUUUCUGAUGAGCGGCCUGCCAGAGUUGUUAAAACGACAAAUCGCAAAGAAAGCUGCUGCAUUAGAUAUAUAUGAUGCUGCAAGUACCAGUUUUCAGAAAGUUGUUCAUGUUCAACAAAAAGAUGAUACUUGUUCUGAUUUUUUUUUUAUUUUAGAACACUACUUGUGGCAUUUGAAACCACCUACUUGCCAUCUCUUAACUAAAUUUAAGGAACAGAAUAUGAAAAUAAUAGAUAUCUCAAAAUGUAUUAUGGCUCUUGGUGAAUUUUCAGCAUUGACUUCAAAUUCAGAAUAUAAAAAGUCCACUAUUGAGUUAAUGGGGAAAAGGAAAGAUUUAACAGAAGAAGUUAAACAUUUUUUGCUGGAAGAAAUUAGUUGGUCAAAUCCUGAAUUUCCUGUAAAAAAUUAUUUUCCUUUGCUACUGAAAAAAAGGGCUGAUUAUCAUGUACUUUCUGAAUGUCAUCAGAAACAAGAGAGUCUGCAUUUAGAGGCUGAUGUCAAUAAAAAAGAAACUAAAAGGAAAAGAGUUGGAACAGAAUGUCAUAAGUCCAAAAGAAGAAAACUAAAUGAGUACUCAGAAAGUUCAAAAAAGGCAAAUAGAAAACCAGAAGACUUGGACAAUACAAGCAGCUCUGCUGAGACAAAGUCUGAUUCGUCCAAAGAGCCUGGAACUGAAGAUAUGCUUUGGACAGAAAAAUAUCAACCUCAGACCUCCAGUGAACUCAUAGGCAAUGAGCUAGCUAUAAAAAAGUUACACAGUUGGUUGAAGGAUUGGAAAAGAAGAGCUGAACUGGAAGAAAGACAAAAUUUGAAGGGAAAAAAGGAAGAAAAACAGGAAGAUCUGUUGGAUAUGGAUUUUAAAGGCAGCUCUGAAGAUGAAGACACUCGUCUUUGCAACACCAUGCUUAUAACAGGGCCUACUGGAGUAGGGAAAACUGCUGCUGUGUAUGCUUGUGCUCAGGAGCUGGGAUUUAAGAUAUUUGAAGUGAAUGCUUCUUCUCAGCGCAAUGGUCGACAAAUCCUCUCUCAACUGAAGGAAGCUACCCAGUCCCAUCAAGUGGACAAGCAAGGUGUAAACUCACAAAAACCUUGUAUUGUUAAUAACUACAACUUAAGCAAAUCACCAAAAAAAUUAAACUCUCCUAGGAAAGUUGUUACCUCACCAAGGAAACUUCCUCCAUCAUCACCAAAAAGUAGUGGAGGAAAGCGAACACUUCCACCCAAAACUUUGGCAAAUUAUUUUAGAGUGGCUUCCAAGUCAAAAACUAAUGAAGAAACAGGAGCACUUCUGGACAAAAAUAAAGGAAUCAAAAAUUCUUUUGAACAGAAACAAGUUUUUCAGACUAGUUCUACAAACACAACUAACUCAAAUGUCAAAGAAUUUGGAGCUGAGGAACUCAACAGGAAAAAUGCAACAUCUCUUAUUCUUUUUGAGGAGGUUGAUGUCAUUUUUGAAGAAGAUGCUGGGUUUUUGAAUGCAAUCAAAACAUUCAUGGCAACAACUAAAAGACCUGUAAUACUUACUACAAGUGAUCCCACAUUUAAGUUAAUAUUUGAUGGCUAUUUUGAAGAAAUUAAUUUCAGUACUCCUUCACUGCUAAAUGUUGCCAGUUACCUACAGAUGAUCUGCUUAACUGAGAAUUUUAGAACAGAUAUGAAAGACUUUGUUACAUUGCUAACUGCAAACACUGGUGAUAUAAGAAAAAGUAUCCACUACUUACAAUUCUGGAUUAGAAGUGGAGGUGGAUUUUUGGAAGAAAGGCCACUUGCCAUUUGUCGUGGAAACACAAACAUGCAGCUUGUUUGCUCUGACGAUGAUCCAUUUUCUAAAAAUAACACUAAAGGUAGUGAAAGGAUUUCUCCAGAACUUCCUAAAUGUACCACUGGCUGUGCUGAAACAUUAUUUGGUCUGAAGAAUAUUUUUUCCUCAUCUGAAGACUUAUUUUCAUUUUUGAAGCACACAAGUAGAACAAAGGAAGAAUGGCAUAAGCUCAUUCAGCUUCUUACAGAAUUCCAGAUGCAGAAGAUAGAUUUCUUAUAUAGUAAUCUUGAAUUCAUUCUACCACUACCUGUUAGUAUCAUUCCCAAAUCAGAAAACUUCUGUGAUACUUCAGUAAAUGUGGACACCAGUGCAGCAACAAAGAGUAUGAGAAGUCUUACUAGGAAGCAUGCUGAAGGAACACAGCCAUCCAAAAAAUCACCAAAAAAGAAACAGAAGAAAAAGAUCAUAACUCUUGAUGAUAGUGACUUAUUUGACACUCCACUAGACUUUUUUAAUGAAUCGAGCAGUCUAACCCCUGAUUGCAAUUCAGAAGAAAGCAAAGCCCAAGAUGAGGAAAGUAAUCCAGAGACUAAGAAACCAAACAAAUGUUUUGAGUUUAACACAGAAUCUGUUCCUUGUCCUCCUAAAACAGCAGCUGAAAAAAGAAGUUCUGCCCUGGUCUCUCACUGUUUAAAUUCUCUCACUGAGUUCAUGGAUAAUAUGUCCUUCUCAGAUGCCCUUUUGACUGAUGUGAGGGAACAAAAGGAAUUUAGUAAAAAUGACUUUAGCUGGACUGAUGGAAAGGUUAAAAGUGGCCUUUGUGAUGAGGUCAGGCUUGAGAAUAAUGACAGAUGGACUUUCCAAAAUUCUGGAGAAUUAAAAGCAGCUGUAGAAGCUCUCAGCUUUACCAAAUGUUCUUCUACACUUUCAAAAGCACUGGAAACCUUAAACACUUGCAAGAAACUGGGAAGUGAUCCAACGAAAGACCUUACAAUUCAUAUCUCACAGAAGCACAACGAUGUAUAUUUCAGCCAUUCAGCAGCUAAUUUAGAAAGUGCUUGGAAAAGAAUAGCUGUCAUUAAAAGUGUGUUUUCUAGCCGAUCUCUUCUGAACUUGGGUAAUAGACAAGCUAGCAUAAUUGACUAUUUGCCAGCUCUUCGAAAUAUUUGUCAGAUUGAGAAGCUAAAAGAACAAGGAAAAAGUAAAAGAAGGUUCCUACAUUAUCUUGAAGGAAUUCAUCUUAACAUUUCAAAAGAGACUUUGAAUACUUUGGCAACUGGCUUUCCUUAA